AUGCUUGUCCUCGUCAUCACCCUCGUCUUCUUUCGUGCCACCACGCCACGGGCCCGCCUGGCCGACGUCGAGCUGACCGGAGCCACCACCGGCGGCGGUCUUCGGCUGACUGGUCGAGUCUCGGUCAGUAAUCGAAACUUCGCGCGAUACGAGUUCGAGAGUUCUCUUGCCACCAUACGGGCAGCUGACGGCAUGUAUGCUGGUCGGUUCGUGAUCCACGAUGGGCGGGUUAGGGCACGAUCGACGGCUAGGGUUGACGUGGUUGCGGAUUUGAGCCGACCGAGCACGGGCAACGGCUCGUCGGAUUAUUGGGUGGAGUCGAGGUUAAAGGGUAGGGUUAGGGUUUUGAGGGUGUUUAGGAGGAAUAGGUUGACCGUGUUGAAUUGUACUAUGACCGUUGACUUGGCAACAAAUGGUGUUAGGAACUUGAGGUGCUACUAG